ACAAGCUCCAAACACAGAUGACCAACUUUCUCAUUCAAAUUUCAAACAAUUUGUCACCAUGCUACUUCCUCUAUUCUUCCUCAUCUUCCUCUCCCUCUUCUUCAUGAACACUCAUGGAAACAACACCUUCUUGCCAUCGACAUGCCCCUCUCACGAUUGUGGUAACGGCCUUGAGAUUAGAUACCCUUUCUGGCACAAUGAUAGCGACACCCCUAAUAACCAUUAUUGUGGUUACCCUCAUUUUGGUCUUAGAUGUGCAGACAACGGCCAGCCAAUUUUUAGCCUACCGAACGACAAUUUCUACGUGAAGAACAUCAAUUAUGAUGAUUAUACGUUCACCCUUGUCGAUAUUGACGUCGUUGACCAAACAUGCCCUAGGGCGCGUCACAACCUUACUCUAGGCACCCUGCCGUUGUAUCACUCCGAUUUAAACUUGAACCUUAGUUUUUAUUUCAACUGCUCUUCACAUCCCUCUAAUUUGACACCCGUAAAGUGUUUAGGAUCUAACGAUCUGCGGUCCUAUGUCGUGACGGAGGAGAAUGAUGAUGGCGUUGAUAAGUCUGAUUUGGUCAUUAGUUGCGAGGAGAAAGUAGAGGCCACGGUGAUGAAGAGGGAGAUUAACAUGAAUGACUUGAUCAGUGGAUUCGGUGCGGCCAUGAAUAAGGGAUUUGUGUUAGAUUGGCGGAGGAUGAGGGAGUGUGGUGCUUGCGAGGCUUCCCAAGGCUUUUGUGGGUACAGUAACGCAGCCCAUGAGUUUUUGUGCUUUUGCAAGAAUGGCCAAAUCGGCAAGGACCACUGCCUAGGUAUGUACUCAAUCACUCUUGUUCUUGUAUAUUUUAAUGUAGUGGCCCCUUGCUUUUUCAAUUGUUUGCCUAACAUUUCUUGUCCUUCUUUACAUCUUAUCUUUAUUUUGUUUGAAAAUGAUGUUAAUUCAAGAUAUAUCUAAUUAGGGGAAAAAUAUGGAUAUUGUUAGAUCAUUCACUCCACUAAAUUUCUCUCCCCACUAGCACAAAGAAAGUUAGAGGGACCAUGGCUUCACUAAAUUCAAGAUAUAUCCCAUCUUGCUUCACUCUCUUAAGUUGUCAGGUUCUUGCUCUUCUUGGAUUGUUUAUGCUAUUGUUCAUCACGGUUCUCCUUGUGAUCUCCAUGUCUCUUGAUUGUGUGUUCUUUUGCGAAUGGCUGUGAUUCUGUUCGGCUCUGUUUUGUCAUGUUCACGUUCUUGGCUCUGACUUGUUCUGUGGGGUCUUCUCUGAGCUUCAGCUGUCCUCUGUUUCUAUUCUCCUUUGUCUGUUGGUUUGAUGUUGCUCUCUACCGUUGCUGAUCCUGACUUCCUGUUUCUUCUCCAAUCUUGCCUUUGUAUCAGAAUGCUUGUUUGUUGUUCCUUUGAUGUUGUUUUGUUUCCGAGUUAGGUUCUUCUUUUUGUAUGAUUUUUUUUUUUCCAAGGAUAUCUUUCCUGCUUCUCAAAAAAAGUUAAAGAGGGACCAUGGCAGCUAUAUUGGUCACUUUUUCUUCGCCCAAGUUGGAGAAAUUUUUAUUAAAACCAAUAGAAAAAACAGUGUGAAGUUCAUACUUAGAACCAAUUCUUACAUAAGACUUGGUAGAUCGUAGAAGUUUUGAUGUCGUUACUUCAAAUGUCUUUGCAAGGUUAUGAUAGUAAUACCCAUGAA